GGCCGCUGCGGCUGGCGCCUGUGCCGUGGUCUCCACGGCCGCCGCCGCGGCGGAUGACUUCGGCUUUCACGUGCUGGCGCCCAACGACGCCGAGGACAAGCAGAAGGAGCUGGCGGCUGAAAUCGCCAACAGUCGUCUGGCCAUGAUGGCGACCGGCACGGCGGGACUACGAGUAUUGGACAUGUGUUUGUAUAUGUACAUGCUGCGCGUGCGUAUUUGCACGGACGUUGUUUUGCGCGUGCGUGCGUUUUCUUUUUUGAGGUGUCCGAAAGUCCAGUACUCAGUGUAUCGUGCUUGCCAGAGACAGUGCGAACAGUGUGCCGUGCUUGGGCUGGGGGUCUUGUGAUCCAGUGACGUCUGCUGUGUGGUGCUGUGCGGUGCUGUGAUUCCUUUGUCUGAACGUGAGGUGUCUCUGGUGUCGAGGGGCGCGCCCGUAGUCCUUACCAGCCUACGCCCCGCUCCCGGGGCCGGGGUGCCGGGUGUGGCCGCCAACCACACCGGCGCGUCAAUGGUCCGCCGAGUCGGACGGGAGCGUCUCGCGCCCUCGGUGCGUGCGUUGUUCUGUACGGCCCGUGAGUGCCCAAACCUCCCGAUUGGGCUGGGGGCAACGUUCCGUGAGCGCCCGAGGGCGCUUGGUGUACAGCGUGUCAUGGCAAUGGGCUGGCGCCCCGGGGCGGCCAACCCCACGGCGGGAAAUCAAUCGGGUUCCCUUCGGCCUGAUUGCCUUUUCACGUCGCCCCACGUGUACCUGCGUUCCAGGGUGGCGCGGAGCUGCACCCCCCUGCUCGUGGGCUCGGUUUCGAUCUUAUUGGUCUUCCACACCACAACGUGUAGGCUUCUCUCGCGCGGGGCGGGCGGGCACGGCUCGCUGCCAUGCACGUGCUGGGGCGGUUCGGAUUCCUUUUUGGAGUCCACCCCUUCACGUCGGGCAGCGUGAGACUGGCUUCCGCCUGAUCACCGGAGGUCGGGUGGCUUGGGGUACGCGUUUGGUCUGGGCUCGGCGUUGAUCCUACGGAGUCUCCUGUUGGUGUUGCGACGGUGCACAUGACCAAGUUGGGGUAUCCCGACCUGUUCCCUCCUCGUCGCCCCCUCUCCCCCUCUCACCUCUCCUGCUCUGGGGCUCUUGGGGGGGGGGUCCGCCGCGGAGGGGCAGGGGGUCGGGCUCCCCCUCGCACCUCUCCGGUGCGGGGUCCCCGCCCCUGCCUUUUCGCGGCGUACUUCACCCCUCGGGGGGUCGGGGGCCGGGGUCCUGGUUCCGCGGGGGAGACGGAGGGCGGCCGACGAGGCCUACACCCCUCCCUCAGUGGCAGUGGCAGUGGCAUGAUGGCGACCGUUGGCAUGUUCUUCCAUGACGGCACGGUUGGCGCCGCCUGGGACGACUGGGCGUGCUGCGCUGGCUCCCCGCUGCGCGCGCUGCGGAGCGAGCUGGGCGUGCGGGGCCCGGUUGGUUGGGAUCCCGCUGGCCUCGCCGCGGAUGGUGGCACGGAGAGCUUCGCCAGCUGGCGCCAGACCGAGCUGGGUCACGGCCGCGUGUUCGUACUGCUGACGGUAAGCUACAUCGCCUCAUACAUCACCUGCAGGCAGGACCCCGCGUAUUUCUGGGACCCUAUUGGGCUCAUGGCGGAUGGUGGCGCGGAGGACCUCGCCAGGAGGCGUCUGGCGGAGCUGCAGCUCGGCCGAGUAAGGCACCCGUCGCCGCCCGCCUGCCGGAAGAUCACGGGUAAUCCCAACGACCUCGAUGCGAUCUCCAAGGUGCUGACGUCCAGCGGCGUUGGGAACAAGCAGAAGAACUUGAAGGAUGACAUCGCCAACUGUCUUUUGGUCACACUGGCGUUCACCGGAAUGCCCUUCCACGGCGGCUAUAUUGGCUCCGCGUGGGCCGAGUGGACGCUCUGCACAGGCUCUCCGCCACGCGUCCAGUGCGAGCUGAGCGUGCAGGGCCCGACGUACUUCUGGGGCCCUAUCGGGCUCGCGGCGGGUGGCAGCGCAGAGGACCUCGCCAGGAGGCGCCAGGCGGAGCUCCAGCUUGGCCGCGUGAGCAUGUUGACGACGACGGGCCACAACAGGCUCGAAACCGCCGGCACGCUGUCCGUCUGCUUCUCGCCUCCUGACAGCCUGAAGGUCGCGGACAUCCCGUGCGGGCUCGAGGCGACCUCCCCGGCCUCCGCGGCGAGCUGCGCGCAGAUCGUGGCCUUCGGCGCGUUCUGCGAUCUGUCCCGGACCCACCCCGCCGAUGCCACUGCUGCCACAGACGACGUCGGCUUCCAGGAGGCGACGCCCAGUGACAGCGAUGAGGUUCAGAAGAAGAAUUCGGCCCCAGAGAUCGCCAACGGUUGCCUGGCCACGAUGGCGAUCAUCGAGCUGGCGCUGUGA